CCCACAACGCUUUUGUGUAUAACGAUGGCAGCAAGUAGAGGAGAAAGUCAGCUGCAGAGGAUUAUCCGAGAUUUGCAGGAUGCCGUGACAGAACUGAGUAAAGAAUUUUCAGGAGCGGGGGAACCAAUCACAGAUGACUGUAUCAGCUUGCACAAGUUUUCCUACAAGCUUGAGUAUCUUUUGCAGUUUGACCAGAAGGAAAAGUCGACCUUACUGGGAAACAGGAAAGACUAUUGGGAUUAUUUCUGUGACUGCCUGGUGAAGGUCAAAGGAGCAAAUGACGGGAUACGUUUUGUCAAGUCUAUUUCGGAACUAAGAACAUCCCUUGGUAAGGGAAGGGCAUUUAUACGUUACUCCUUAAUGCACCAAAGACUUGCAGACACUUUGCAGCAAUGUUUCAUGAAUACCAAAGUAACAAGUGACUGGUACUAUGCAAGAAGUCCUUUCCUGAAUGCUAAACUGAGUUCUGAUAUUGUUGGGCAGCUCUAUGAACUAACUGAGGUUCAGUUUGACCUGGCGUCUAGAGGCUAUGACUUAGACACAGCAUGGCCCACCUUUGCCAGGAGGACCAUGUCUGCAUAUGGCUCCUCGGCUUAUCUGUGGAAGCCUCCAAGCCGCAGUUCAAGUAUGAGUAGUUUGGUGAGCAGCUACUUGCAGACACAAGAGAUGCCUUGCAGUCCCAACGGGAAUAACUUUAUAAACACAGAACCCCUUGAGGGCCUUGACGAGAUGCGUGCAGAGCUUGAUCAGGCGGAGUUGCGGCAGAAGGAGCUUCAGGAUCGGAUCCAGCACCUGGAAAAGGAAAACUGGGAGCUCCAGGCAGCCGUCAGCCUUGAGAAAGGGCAAGCGCAGGCCGAAAGGGAGAAGAGCACCCAUCUCAACAAAGAGAACUUCAGGCUGACGAAAAUGCUGGGGGAGCAUGAGAAGCAGCUUGAGAUCUCUCACUGCACUCAGGACACUGUCCAGGACCUGCAGAAGUGCUUGCGGGCCCUAGAACUGAAUUCCCGGGAACAGCAAAAGGGAUACUCGGCAAGACUCGAAGAACUGGCGUCCAGUAAAAAGGACUCUGACUCCAAGUUGCUUCUCUUGAACGAAGAGCUGGAGGGCCUCAGGGCUCUGGUGGGCUCAAAGGAAGCCUGCAUCGGCGAGCUGACAGCCAAACUGAAGUCAGCAGAGCAGGAGAACAAAGAGCUUGUUUCCCAGAACAGGGCGUUCCUGGAUGAAAGAGGGCAACAAGCCGCCAGUCAAAACGGGUCCAUGAUGAAGAUCGAGGAGUUACUUGGUAAGCUUCGCGAAGCAGAACAGGAGAAAGCCGAUGUUCAGCAGCUGCACAGCGAGCACCUGGCUCAACUUAAAAUCAUGGAGGAGCAGCUGCACCUGAAAGAGCAGGCGCAGAAGGAGCGGGAGUCUAGACCGAAACUACAAAGCACGCUGGGAACAAUGGCAAAGGACAAGGCUGACCCUGAGGAGGAGCUGGCAGCAGAAGGCGCAGAGGCGGCCAGCCUUCAAAUCCAGUUGGAAAAUUCAUUGGCUCGUGUGAGGUCCUUGGAAAAAAACCUUGAGGAGGAAAGGAGAGAGAGAGAGAGGCUUGAUCAGGAGUUCAGCUACAGGAGAACGACAAUGGAACAGGAAGCAAAGAACUUGACAGAACAACUCGAGUUGCUGGAAAACCGCCUGUCUGAACUAAGUGAAUAUGUGGCAAGCUUAGAAGAGCAGAAAAGAGAACUUGUUUCUGACAGAGACCACCUCAGCCAAACAAUAGAAAGCAUGGAUCAGAAAGCGAUGCAGCAAAGUUCUUCAUGGACUGACGUCUGUGAGGAAAACGAGAAGCUUAAACAAACCAAUCAGGAGUUAGAAGACAGACAAAAGGAGAUGGACACAUCUAAAUCUUCUUUAGAGGCUAAGUUUGCCAAGCUGACAGCUUCCGAGAAAGAGCUACGAGGUGAGAUAUAUGAUGCCGUGGUGUCCGUAGACGAAAAGGAAAAGAAAAUCCGAGAACAGAACAAGCAGCUGGCUGAAAACCUGCAGAAUGCCACUAAGCAAAACCAAGUACUGCAAGAAAAGUUGCACAAUAUGGAGUCUGAUUACCAAGAGCUAAUGAAGCGAGAAGAAACAAUCAAGAAGACCUUGGUUGUGCUGCAAGCAGAGCAGGAGAAUACCAAAGAGCUGGGCGUGAAAAUGGAGAAGGGCUUGGCCUCCUUAAAACAGUAUAAGGUGUCUCUGCAGCUACAGCUGAAGGAGAAGGACUAUUCUUUGCAAGGCUUGCAGAGCCAGCUCAAGCAGCUUCAAGAAGAGGCAGAGAGGUACAGAAGAAAAGCAGAUGCCCUUGAGGCAGAGAAGGCAGAUGUGGGGGAAACUUCCCUCCCUCAGACACAGGCGGUUGAUUCUGCCACUUCUGCGAGGGCCACUGUAGAAAAAGCCCAGCUGGAAGAGGCAGCCUGGGAGGAGAAAGAAGCCAAAGACCUGGCGCUGAGGCUGGCUCUUUCUGAGGAGCAGCUUCAUAUCAACCAAGAAGAGGUGUUGAGGCUCCAGGCCGAACGUACUGACCUUCAUGCCAGGCUUCAGCAAGCGACUGCAGAGAAACAGGCACUGCAAGGCAGACUGGACAUUGGAGAGACCAUUCUGAGUGAGCAAAAGGUCCUGGCCCAGCAGCUGAAAGAGCAAAAUGAGCUGCUUAACAGAACCCACGUGCAGGAGCUGCUGGAGUGCCGAAAUCGAGAGGAAACGCUGAAAGACAAGGGGGACAAGGGAGCCCAUCGAAAGGCCGAGCUGGAGAAGAACUUGCUGGGCCUCACCGAGGAACUAUCUAAGGCCAAGCAGUGUUUGGACGCGUUAAACACGGAGAACAUGGAAAUCAAAGAGCUUCUCCACAGGACCAACACUGAAAUGGCUGAACUUGGCAUCCAGAUCUGCACGCUAACAUCUGAAAAGUCAGAAGCAGAAGAAAAGCUGUCUAGCAUCAUGGAAAAGCUUCAGGCCGCUGAAGCAACAGCAGCCAAAGAACGAGAGACCCUGCAGCUUGACCUUUCAAGGCUCAGCCAGGAGAACCGAGAACUCCAAGAGAAGCUCGAGGAAUGGAAGAGUUGCGCAGCGGCUGUGCCUAGCCUGCAAACUCAGCUGGAGAAUGCAGAGCGACAGUCCCAGAGUUUGCAAGAGACCAGGAAAGAGGAGCUUUCUGCAGUGAAAUUCCAACUAAGCACAGAAAUCAUAAACUACCAGACAAAAUUUAAGACCAUCAGUGAAGAAUGUGAAAGGUUAAAGCGGCAAGUUGAAGAGCCCAGCCGGCGAGCAGACGCUGCAGAAGAGGCACUCAAAGAGUUGCAGGCUGUCAAAAGAGACCUGAGCCAUGAACUAGACCUUGCCAUGGAUCAAGUGACGGAAUACAAAACUGCCAAGCAAAAAAAAGAGGAUGAGGUAGAACAAUUGAAAGCAGACCUUGAAAGGGCCCAGAAGGAAGUUAACAAGGCAAAUGAGCAGAUUCAGGAUUACUAUGAGAAACUUAGCAAGAUGAGGUCAGAAUGGGACAGCAAUGACCAGAAGCUGUUGGCUGAAUUAGAUGACCUUACGAGAACAAAGCAGUUCCUUGAAGAACGGUUAAUCGAACUUCUCAAGGACAAAGAUGCUCUUUGGCAGAAGUCUGAUGCUCUGGAAUUCCAGCAGAAGCUCACAGCAGAGCAGAGGUGGUUGGGGGAUGCAGAGGUCAGCUGCUGUCAAGACUGUCAAAAGGAAUUUGGCUGGAUGAAUCGCCGACACCACUGCAGACUUUGUGGACGCAUUUUCUGCUACUACUGCUGCAACCACUAUGCCAUGUCAAAAAUCACUGGCAAGAAGGAGCGCUGCUGCCGAGUGUGCCUUAAGAAAUCAGAUGCUAUCUCCAGUGACUCUGGAUCAAAUGCCAGCCAAGAAGAACCAUCCAGUCUGUUCUCCUCACCAUUGUCUCUGGUUCGUAAAGUUAUGGUUACAACUGAAGCUUCUAAGCCCGCCGAUGAUGCCGCAUUUGAUAUAAUCACAGAUGAAGAAGUGGGCCAAUUAGAGGAAGAGGACUCUGUUCAUAAUGAAAGUCAAACUGAAGAAGAGUCCCUGGACCGUAAUAUGACUGACCUCAAUAGUACCUAUAAUUCUUCCACCUUUGAUGAAUCUGAAGAAUUGCAAAUGUCCCAAGAUGCAGAGAUCUGCUUGCUGAAGUCAGGAGAACUGAUGAUAAAGCUGCCCUUCACUGUAGAAGAGAUUUUAAAUUUUGGAGAAGCGAAUCGAGAGCUUUUCAUUAAAUCAAACACCUACAGCAUUAUUCCCAUCACGGUAGAAGAACCUGGCCUUACAAUAAAUUGGGUGUUUUCAUCUGAGCCAAAGAGUAUAUCAUUCAGUGUGGUAUACAAAGAAUCAGAGGAAGCACCACUGGAUCAGUGUAAAGUUCUUAUCCCUAUGACCCGCUGCAGCUCUCACAAGGAAACCAUCAGAGGGAAGGUGAAAGUCAGAAACCCCGGGAUCUACGUGCUUAUAUUUGACAACACUUUCUCUAGGUUUAUCUCCAAAAAAGUAUUUUACCACUUAACACUUCAACGCCCAGUGAUUUAUGAUGGAAGCGAUUUUCCAUAAUCUUGGAUAUAUGCAAUAUUUAUAUAGUCUCUUUGUUCAAAUUAUAUUUUUAAGAAACACUUU